AUGCGCCCUACGGCAACAGCACAUGAGAAUAAAACAUUUUAUUGCAAGCAGUCAAGAUAUCUUAUGAGGACUACUAAUAAAGGUUUUUCUUUUAUUAUGCGGGGAAUUUUACAUUCAUGUGGAGUUAUUGUUGUUGCUGUAGGCAAAUUUUAUAGAAAACCUUUUUCUCAUAUCAGAAACUUGAAAGUUUUUCGAAACUACGCAGAAGAAAGAACAAAACUUCGAUCGAAUUUUAAUCUUAAACCUAUUUCAUCAUGUUUUACAUAUAAUCAGAAGAAGGAAGCCACAGCUGACAAAAAUCUUUCGAUUGAUUCAAUAAAACAAGAAGAAAUUCUGUUCACGUGGAUGAGUCGUAUUAUUGAAAGCUCAGAAAGUUCCAUCAUGUUACUUAAAUUACAGAAUAAGUCAUGA